UUUUGGCAAAAAUAGACAAAACGGUCAUUAAUAAAUUCCCCGGCCUGCAGAUUUGAACUUCAGAAAACAUUUCAAAAAUCCCCCACCCAACCCACGACGGCUCACAGCCCCGGUCCCAGUGCAGCGCCACCACUCCUCCCCCUCCGGCCAUUUCCCGGCUAACAAUUUCAUUCUCUUCUUCCGUCUUCCUCUUUUUUGUGAAAGGGAAAGAAGAAAAGGUUUAAAAGUUUGAAAUCGUCGUAGAAGCAGCUUAGUUGUAAAGUAAAGUGAAAAUGGCGAUGGGGAGUGAUACAUCGUGGGUGGGAAGAAAACCCCUGAGACGCAUCGGAGGAAUGUCUGAUGCUCUAUCCAUUGCUUCUGACCUCGGCUUCUCUGUCAGUCCUCCUCCUUCUCAGGAAGAGAUCCAAACCUUUUCUACCACUGAAAAGGGUGAUGAUUUGAUCAGGGUCUUGAGAGAGCUGACUGCUGUGCAAAGAAAAAUAGCAGAUUUGCAAGUGGAGCUUCAAGGACGGAAAGAAGAUAAGAAUGUUGCUCAUCUUACACAUGUGAGUGAAAUGGAAAAGAAGAUUGAGACACUGUCACGUAUUACUACCAUACUGAAAGAUGUCAUCCAAAACAAGGACCGGAUAAUAGCUCGUCUUCAGCAACCAUAUUCGUUAGAUUGCAUCCCAGUUGAGGCUGAAUAUCAGAAACAAUUUUCAGAGUUGUUAAUGAAGGCUGCAAGUGACUAUGGUGCCUUGACAGCAUCCAUUGCAGAUUUUCAGUGGACACAGAACUUCAAGGAACCGCCAUCAGUAUGGGGGGAAAUGCUCCGUCCAAUUCCUGUUGCUUUAGCUUCAUGCACCCGAUUCUUCGAAGCCAUGUCUGCAAUGAGAGACUCAUUUGCCACACUUCAAAACUUGAGAGUGGGGUCUUCUACAGCCACAACUUUAAACAAAGACGCCUCACAAAGAAUACCUGGAGAUUCUGAUUGUGUAACUCCACCGUGGAGAACUGAAUCAAGGCUUGAUGAUUUCACUAGUAGGAGCACUGGAAAGUCAGAGAUUGAUCGGCAAGGAAGAGGUGACGAAGAAGGUGAAGUGGCGGUAAAUAAUCCAGUUGAUGGGACAAGCCACAGGAGAUUAUCUUGGCCUCCUUCAGUGAAAAGUAAUGGUGUAUAACCAUAGCAUACACUAGCUCAUAUAGAAGCUGCAAUAUACUCUGAUCUUCUUGCUGUAUUUCUGCAUUGAUUGAUUCGUCAAAUUAAUGGCUUAGCACUUUCAAUGGGCCGAGGCUUGAACUGGAUGGCCAUACUCUAGAAUGGUUAAAUCUUUCUGUGGCGUGAUGCAGUGCACAUACUUCAAGUUCUGUGGCUGCGGUAUAUGGUGUUUGUAUACAGAAUUUGUUUAACUUUUGAGAUAAUUCAUUAUUUUGAUAAUUCAUUAUUAUUUUGGCUCCAUUCCAACCUUCAAGUACUAGUAUAGAAAUACAUGAACCCUAGCUUCAUUAGAGUAGCAUUGUUUGAAAUGCAUUAAUCUAAUCUUAAUAAUAACCUCAUUGUUUUACAGCUGAAGAUAGAUAGAGACUUAGCAAAACCAAAAUAGACAAGAAAAUAGGCGAUAAAAUAUCUUUACCAGAACUGAAUGAAAUCCGGCAACAAACUGCCAUCAUCAUAUCAGGUAAAACUGGUAUGGAAACUUCUAAACCAAAGCCAAGUCUUACAAGGGAAACAAAAUUUAUCAUCCAAUUCCCUAGCAACGAAAAGAAAGCAAACAGAUACAGAAACCCUAGGAACUCAGUAUCCGCCCUUGAGAUCAUUGACAACAUCAUAGGGAAUAGGAGUAACAGUCUCCAGUGUUGCACCUUCCACCAUAAAGCCAGGUUUUGGACCUUCUGGCUGCCUCUUGGUGCUGAUAACUUCACCUCUGGCCUUAGCUUCAGCCUUCAAUUGAUCAUUCCUCUUAACCCUCUGCUUACAUUCUUCGGCACAGCGAGAAGCCUGAACGUGCUCCACACGGACGUGGAUCCUCUUCUUGAUAAUCCUGUUACCAACCUGGAUUACAAAAACAUCGGUGCAAAUUCAGUUGUUUUCAUACACAACGAUAACAGUGAUAUAACCAUAGCGAGUCAAAUGCACACGAAGGAAACACAAAACACUUCAACACAACACCUGUACAGAAAGAUUACAUCCAAAAAAACUUAACAGCCAAGGGGCUCAUUCAAUAACAAAUCAUUUGAUUUAAAAUGCAUAUGAACAAAUACCAAAUGAUUAUUGUCAGGCGUUCCAUGCAUAACAUCUCUAUUAUUCACAUUCUAGAUAAGACCAAACAGGAAGAUGCAUGCUCCACAAUGUAUGCCUUCUCAUCCAUACACGAAAAGAACACACAAAGGCAAUAUAUCUCUCAGACUCUCACUGUUGUUUAUGCUGUCAAUUAACAAAUUAUGAUUAAAUUAUAUAGUUCCAUUUCUGAUAAUUAUAAGCUUGUUAUGAAACAUUUUCAGAAACUAACACAUGAAUUUUGUAUGUUCUCAAUAAGGGUCAUCUGAUGCACGGAAGAAAAAUGCAAGACUCUUAAAUUCACACAACAGCUUCAUGACAUUUCAUUGAUAUAAAAGAAAAACACAUUGCUAAUUAUCAAAUUAAAGCGAUAGAGCCUUCAAAUUCACAUCACUAACCCUAAUUUCUCCCAGUUCACAAAGCUCAUCGUUUUAACAAACUACCACACUCGGAUCAUGUAAAAUGCACACUGAAAUCCCUCCUGGAGAGCCAACAAAUAAUUCGAAUAAAAAAUUUCAAAAAUUAAUACAAGCAAACAACUAAAAAUAGUUUGCGAGAUGGAACCGAAACAGUGAGGAAAGGAAAGAACCUGUUUGUUGACUUCAACACCAACAGCACGCUUGGUGACAUUCCAGAUGCGACCAGUGCGGCCAUGGUAGUACUUGUGGGGCAUGCCUUUGUGGAUGGCGCCGUUCACUUUGAUGUCGACAUAGUCUCCGGUCUUGAAGGUCCGAAGAUACGUGCUGAGGUUGAUGGUUCCACGCUUUCUGAAUCCCCUCGAGAAGGAGUCCCUCGUCCUAGCUCUAACUCCGUGUCCUGCCGGCAUAUUUCAGUCGUCUCCGCCGCCGCGAUUGCUUGAAAUCCAAAUUGGUUCUUCGACUGCGAAAAAAUGAAACACAGAGCAAAGAAGAGCACGGCGAUAGU